CGCUUGUCGGGCGCAAUGCCAGGACUUCUUCCUCGGUCGGCCGGGCCGCUGCGUGCGUCCACGCCAGAUCCCGCUGUGGUCGGAGAGCCUAUGGAGGCGCCGGGCGGACAGCAAGAGCCAGCGGCGGGGGCAGGAUCGGGGCCCAGCGGCUCAGAGGAGAUCGACCUGUCCUUGGAUGACAUCAUAAAGCGUAACAAGAAAGGACAUAUAAAGGCAGUAGGGAACAGAUGGAGGCAGCGGCUCAAGAACAGGAACCCAUCCUACAGCAAUGGAAGACCUCGAUUUCGGAGCUGGGCACCACAAAAUGUGCCAGGACCCUACAGGUUUCGAGGAGGGUUUAGAAAACAGCAGUAUUACAGAAAACAGUUUUGGAAUAGCAUGACUGGUCCCAGGCGAAGAAUGACCACCCAGACGAAGAAUGGCACAAGCCCCUUAAAUCGGCCAGCAUCAGCUGAACAGCAGGGCAAGCAGGAUGAACCCAUGUUGGAGGGGAACAGUGAUGGAGUGGCAGCCAAUCCACAGCAGGGGCAGCCCACACGGGCCAAGUGGAUCAGACGUCCAAAUGCUUUCCCACCCACACAAAGGCCUUUCCAACUAAAUCGAAGACCAGCUUUUAUGCAGAGGCAAUCCCGGUUCCACUUCAGCAGAGAGCAAAAAGAGUCAAGUUCAAAUGGAAAGCAGCCACGGAUGAGAAGGUGGCAGCUUCAACCCAGCUCCGGAGCUGUCCUGACCAUUUCUGUGUCUAACCUCCAAGCUAAUCAAAUGAAAAUGCCAGGAGCCAAGCGCCCAUUCUUGAGAGGGAGAAGCACCCCAACCAAGAUGACCCAUCCUAAGCCCAAAGGGGUGUCUUUGAGGUUCAACUUCCGUGCCAUGGCUAACCAGACGAGCUUGACGUUGAAUGAAAGGUUCUCUGGCCUGAGGCACAAGCGUCGUUUUACACCACUAAGAAACAUGAGCCGUAUGGUCACUUUACCGUAACUUUGCCCUCUUGGUGGAUUCAGACCAGCUCUGGAAAAGGAUUCGGUCACUGAACCCUACUGAUUUUCCGCCACUGCCUUAAUGAUGUUUUGGGGUCAUCUCGACAUGGUUAUGGACCCAUCUAACCUAACACCAAUGAAGUUUCUGCACAAUGGUGGCCCACAGACCAGGGUCAGACUCUUCUUCCAAGCCUCACCACUAUGGACUCCCAGGUCAUCUCACCCUCAUGUUUUUGGCUUGGGGUAAACAGAGUUUGGCUUGAGGCCCCUGGAUGAGCCAGUACCAUGCCUGAUCUCGGCUUUGAGAGAGUCACGUGGGAAGGAAGGGGCCCUCAGCUUUGUCCUCCAACACAUGAGUGAGCAUUGUCUCUUUCAUGGUACGUUUGCAGCUCCACAACUUUGGCUCAAGAGCCACUUCUUAUUGGUUCCCUUUCUGCGCUGGGAUCAGAAGGCAAAAUAUCUUGGUUGGAGGAGGAAAAGAGUGUUGUGUGAGGGUGUGCUGCCUAGGGAAUGUGGGUGGGAGUUUUGUGUGUUUUGGUGGAAAGGGUAGCCUGGAAAGCACUUUUACAGAUUAGUUUGAACAUUUGGUUGUGAUGAGCUACUAAUGCACUUAAUAAAACCAUUUUAGAAGCUUCA